AAAAUUAUUUUUAAUUUGAUUUUGAGAUAAUUAUUAACAUUCUUUAAAUUAUCACAAAUCGUAUUAUGAUCAAAUGUUUAAUGGACAUGACUGUCAUGGUAAAGAUCUAAAACAAAAUUUUUGUGGGAGAGGAAGAAAAAAAAUUAUCAUAAAUCAAAUGAAAAAAAACAUAUUAAAGCGAAGAAAAUAUUAUUGAAAAAGGAAAAGUAGCAUGUGAAGGGUCCAUGUGGCAGUACUGGAGUGGGUGUUGGCGAAUUGGAGUGUGGUACCUUGCGUAGUUGCAACGAAGGGAGUUGAUCAAAAUCGUAUUCCUCUCCCUCACGUUGUUGCGAUCUUCUUGCUUUGCAUCCGUAACUAACCAACAUGGCAAAUCGCCACACAAUUAUUCUGAUGCAGGCCUCUACGAACCGAGCAACUAGGACAUUUAUGGAUUUUGAAUCAAUAACUCAGGCCAUGGGUGGCAUAUGUGCAUUGUAUGAAAGGAAAUUGAAGGAGUUAAAUCCGACCAUCAGAAAUCUCUCUUAUGAUAUCGUGGAUCUCUACAACUUCAUAGAUGGUCUUGCAGACAUGAGCGCAUUAGUUUAUGAUCAUUCAAGUCAUGCUUACGUGCCACAUGAUCGACAGUGGAUUAAGCAACGAACAUUUCAACAUUUGAAGAAACUGCUACGUUGAUUGAUAUGUGGCAUCCUUCAAUAAUCCAAUUUCAAGCUAUUUAAUGUAAAGAUAAUCAAGAAGUGUAGAACAUUGUUUAUCUAAUGUUAUUAUGCGGGCUAUGCUCUAGUCAGUAUGUUGUUUAACAUAACAAUUUAACUCGCUCUUGAAUUGGACAAAUGGCAGAGAUGCUUUCUAAAUUGUUCUUAUUUA